GUUAGUCGUUGCCAAGAGGAAACGGAAAUAAGACAGCACAUUUCUGCUGCAGUAAAUUAAAGUCUUAAUCGUGUAACUUUAUUUGUAUUUACCUGCAGUCUUAUUAGCAGAUAAUGUGAUAAAUGUACCGAUAUUUCGUGUUUUUCUUGAAUGUUGCAGGCGUGUGUGUCUUGACAGCACUACGGCUGUGGAUGGCCAGCGCACUGAGCGCAGCGCUCAUCCCGCACAAGAAGGGAGUGACACAGACACAAUGGGAGUGAGGACAGGGAAGCAUUGAUAACACCGCUAUAAAUCCAUGCCUUUGUUAAAGCAGCACUGAUGUGGGACUUCCGUUUACAGUGCACGCCAGUGAUAAUCUGUGCUCAAUGUUAUUUAUGUAUAUGAAAUAUUAGCAGUGUAUUGUCUUUAUUGGAUUAAGAGCUAUUCUGUUUGUCCUCACAAUGGAUUUCCCUUUCGACUUGAAUGCGCUUUUUCCCGAAAGAGUUUCGGUGCUGGAUAACAACUUGACUGUUGGUCGAAAAGCUCAUGGGAGACCGGAUCCUCAGCUUCAGAUUACCACAGUUAUAGAUGAGCUGGGUAAAGCCUCCGCUAAGGCACAACAGCUGCCUGCACCCAUAACCAGUGCUGCAAAACUCCAGGCCAACAGACAUCAUCUCUACCUCCUUAAAGACGGGGAACAAAAUGGUGGGAGGGGUGUUGUAGUUGGAUUCCUAAAGGUUGGCUGCAAGAAACUCUUUUUACUUGACCAGCGGGGGGCGCAUGUGGAGACAGAGCCUUUAUGUGUGCUGGAUUUCUAUAUCGCCAAGACUCUUCAGAGACAUGGAUACGGGCUUGAGAUCUUUGACUUCAUGCUGAAACACAAACGGGUGGAGCCUGAUCAAUUGGCGUAUGAUAGACCUUCUCCAAAGUUAAUGUCUUUUCUAGAAAAACACUAUGAUCUGAAAAACAGUGUGCCUCAGGUGAAUAACUUUGUUGUGUUUAGUGGCUUCUUCAAGAGUAGAUCAGCGGCCCAACUGAGAAAAGUUCCCCCCAAAAAGUCAGAGGGAGAGAUCAAACCGUAUUCACUAAUGGAAAGAGAAGGGGUACGGGAGGAGCAGAAGUCUCUCCCCUGGCCAUUCGGACGCCCAGCGGUUCCCCCUCACUCUCCUCAGUCUCGUUCCCUCAGUGUGGGAUCCUCCCCCAGCCACGCCCCUCUCCGACCCACCGUGCUCCCGGGGCUCCAGUGCCAGAACCCCUCCUCCCAGCUCAACGACAACUGCAGGGCAAAACGCACCAGCUCUUUAAAUAGAUCAAGGCUCAGCUUUCAUUGACCCUCGGUCUUGAACGUCACUGACUUAACCAUAGCUGUGGUUUUUAAAUGGUUAGCUAGUCUUUGUUAUGUACGAUAUUUGCCUUGCUAGGGUGGACGGCAACCUUUUCUGUACUAUGAUGGUUUGAUAAAACAGAUUUGCGACUUUUUGUUUGACUUUUCUGUAUCUUUUCCACCAUGUAUUGUUUUAGAAUAUAAACAGUGGGUUUACUUUAGUUUCAAUCCUCAGAUGUGGUGCAAUCUCUGUUCUGAGCACUUUGAGACCCAAGUAAUAAAAGCAGUUGGAAAAAAUGGUUAUUUUCAGUAUCUUAUUGAAUAUUUAAAGAUGCAAUGUGGGACUUUUAUACGGACCUCUUGACAGAAAUGCAGUAUAAUAUACAUAACUAUAUUAUCAGUGGUGUUUAAAGACUUUACAUUAUGGCCUUUUUUAUCUAUACACCGCAGGUCUCUUUACAUAAAAGUCACUGCCAUGUAGCCCUAAAAGGAUAAACUGCUCUACAGAGAACGUUUUCACUACAUUGUCUCAGAUGACAACAUAUUUUUCCCGUGGCGGCUUUCCUGAUUUUGCCAAGUGGUUGUUGUCCUCAGGGCAACAUUUUGUUAACCAUGGGACAACAAUUCAAUCAACAAUCAGAUUUCAGAAAUAAGUUUACAUUGUUUUUCACUUAUCAUUUCCCUCUGAUCUGGUUCAGGUAUGGUUUGGAUGGGUUUAGAUUUUAUUUACAAAAAUGUUUACACAAUAUGUUGCCCUGAGGACAUCUCUCACUUGGCAAAAAUCAGGUCGAGCGCCGGCUUAAGCCGGGUACACAUCACAAGAUAAUCGGGAGGAAUUUGGGCCGAUUUCCCCCUUUACGACAAUCCUAGGUAAAGAUCUGAUCGUUUUCGUGGUUGUGCCGUUUAUCUUAACCAGGACUUUAAACCCGUUUUUUCCCCAAUUGGUUCGUUCCGAACAGAAACAAUAUUUUAACAUUUCCGGUUUGCGGUUCAACCCUAAAAUUGACGUUCCUGAACCGGUUUAAACAAAAAAAUAAAGUUCCCGAACCGGUUAAUAACGUUUCAUCUUAGCUGUGGGACAUACAAAUAAGUAGGCUGAUCAUUAGGACAUUAAACUUAAAUUAUUAAUCUACAUAAUUUCCUUAAGUCUCUAUCUUGUCAUCAAGCAUUAAAAAAGUCUACAUUAUGUAAGCGGCAUAACUUUAAUUCUGACAUGCCUACAUUUGUUUCAGCAUUAUACUUGAAUUAAGACAAGGACAAUUUCUGCCAUGUCGUUUAUUGGCGAACAAGAAUUUCGAGAUCAUUUUGUUUGUAUGUGUCCUGUCAAGAACAGAAAGAUUGUUUGCUUGCUUUUUGAAAUGCGUCUCUCCGUGUAUGCACUUUUAAAUGCAAUUAAACACGCGAACACACACAGACGGAGGACGCAUUCCAAACCGCGCUUAGAGAAGAAGGUGCAGCAUAAACAGUCCACAUAAAGUGAAAAUUACGUUGUUUUUCAGUGUUUUAUUCACCAAAUGUAUUUUAAUUGACAACAGUAUGAGACACAGUAGUGCAACUCUCUCUCAAGUUUAUGGAUGGAUCACGGAUCAACUGCGAUCCGUUACACCACUAAUUAGUUUUAAAAAACAAACAUCUUGAGUAGAUAUUUACCUCUUAUGAUUGAGCAUUAGAGAUUUGGGCUUGAGUAGGCUACUUGCUGGUGGCAAGCUUCUCAUUUCUCAGAUGAGUCAACGACGACCGGAAGUUAACUUCAUCGAGUAUUGCACAAAUCUUGUCAAAGAACGAAAAAAAUAACGGUUUUAACUGGUUACCAUUAUUUUAACUAAACGAUUCUGUUCUGGAACAUUUUUUUUUUUUAAAGUUUUUGGUUUCAUUUCUGUUCCUUUCAAAACAUCAAAAGUUUCUGUUUUUUGUUCCGUUAACCGGUUCAAAGCCUUGAUCUUAACACAUUUUUCUGUGGUGUGCGGUGCGUUAAGUGCAUCUGAAUCUGCUCGGAAGCGCAUCGGGGCCAAUCCAAUCGCAAAACGUAAACAUUUAAAAUGUUGAAUAUUUACGAUCAGAAAUCCUGUUGUGUGGGGGAAGCCCCGAGGACAAACGCACACACACGCUGUAGAUUGUCACGUGAAACGAAACGAUACCCAAUCAGAAAGCAAACAGAUGAAAGAUAAAACCAUAACAACUACAGUCAUUGCAUAGCAGGCACAGUCCAAAGUGAGAUGGACAUCAGAGAUGUAAAAAAGCAGUCCAUUGUAUUAAUGACAUUUCUUUAUGCCCGUUGUUUGCCAUGUGUGUUUACUGUGACAUCAGGUUUGGAGAUCUUCGCGAGAUUUCCUGUGUUCUCAGCUGAGACU